CUCCCCAAAAACAAAAAUAAAAUAAAAUUGGGGAGAACUUCCGUUAGUUUUUGCAAAAUCCCAGGCGGAAGAGACUUCCCAAACUCCAAAUUCUAUGGUCUCGCAGGGAAAUAUCAGCCAAGUGUUAAAUACUAAAUACUGUUUAUAUGAACUUUCCGAAUCUUUCUACACAAGCUUUUCACAGUUUAUCUAAACUCGAAUUCAUAGCUGAAUCUCUCUCAUACGAAAACCCUACUUCUUCACCAUUUUUCCAUUUCCAGCCGAGUGGUUCGGAACUCGAUUCGAGCUCUUCGCCGCCGUUGUCGCCCGCCUCAGACUCGUAUCGCAACUCCUUCAUGUAGCGUUUCAGAUGUGAGUUCUGUGUUCAAGUGGUGAGAGAGAUGUGCACGGAGAUUAGUAAUCAUGAAAACAACAAGGAAAUGGGUUGGCCAGAGAAAGGAGGAUUUUGCAUAAAAUGUGAUAGAGGUGGUGGCAAGGUGUUGGUUUGUAGUGACAGUAACUGCCCUAUAGUUGUUCAUGAGGAGUGCAUGGGAUGCCCGGCUAAAUUUGAUGACAGGGGAAACUUUUAUUGCCCAUACUGUUUAUAUAGGCAAGCUACUGUAGAAUCCUGUAAAGCAAGGGAAGAUGCUAUGCUUAAAAAGCAAGCUCUGUCCCGAUUUCUGGAUAAUGAGGUGACUAUUGGUGACAAAGUAGUGCAACCAUCUACGGGGAAAUCACCAUCAAAAAGGGCUGACAAAUCAUCACCUGAAGUGACUAUCGGUGACAAACUAGUGCAACCAUCUAUGGGGAAAUCACCAUCAAAAAGGGCUGACAAAUCAUCACCUGAAGAACGUACUGGUUUCUUGCAAAGUAAAUGCAAUAAAGUCGGCGAAGGGAUGCAAACAGAGCAUGAACCAGAGGUUGAUAACCAACAAAUAGAUCGAGAUGUUGAAGAUCGUCAGGAAGAUGGCCACUCGAGUGAGAUACCUGAAAGAGAAAAGAAGACUAGGAAAAAGGCUAAACGAGUGCUAGCAGAAAAUGAACCUGAGGCUGAUGCCCAACAGCUAGAUAGAGACUUUGAAAAUCAUCAAGAAGAUGGUCACUUGAGGGAGAUACCUGAAAGAGAAAAGAAAACUAGGAAAAAAGCUAAACAAAUGCGAGCAGAAAAUGAAACAGAGGUUGACGACCAACAACUAGAUAGAGGUGUUGAAGAUCAUAAAAAAGAUGACCACCUGAGUGAGAUACCUGAAAGAGAGAAGAAAAUUAGGAGAAAGGCUAAACGAGUGCUAGCAGAAAAUGAACCUGAGGCUGAUGACCAACAGCUAGAUAGAGACUUUGAAGAUCAUCAAGAAGAUGGUGACUUGAGUGAGAUACCCGAAAGAGAAAAGAAAACUAGGAAAAAAGCUAAACAAAUGCGAGCAGAAAAUGAAACAGAGGUUGAUGACCUUCAACUAGAGAGAGGUGUUGAAGAUCAUAAAAAAGAUGACCACCUGGCUGAGACACCUGAUAGAGGAAAGAAAAUUAGAAAAAAAGCAAAUCAAAUGCUUGCAGAAAAUGAACCAGUAGUUGAUGACCAACUACUAGAUAGAGAUGUUGAAGAUUGCCAAGGAGAUGGCCACCUGAGAGAAAUACCUGAAAGAGAAGAGAACAUCACGAAGAAAGCUGCACAAAUGCAAGCUGGCGGGAAGGAAAAUGAAGAUGGUGGUGGUGCAAAAGCUGACCAGAUGCAGGGAAAAGCACGUGAAUCUGCAGCAUCCUUCAUGAACGAAGAACCUGAAUCCCAGUUACAUUUGAAAGCCAAGAGAAGGGUUGAAACUGGUGCUUCAACAUUUAGAGAAUUUGAGGCUGUUUUGAGACGAAGCAACCACAAUAUGAUAAAGAAACCUGAUAGAAAAAAGAAAAUUAGGGCAAAAGCAAAACUAAUGCUUGCAGAAAACGAACCAGAGGUUGAUGACCAGCUACUAGAUAGAGAUGCUGAAGAUUGCCACCCGAUAGAAAUACCUGUACGAGAAAAGAACAGCAUGAAGAAAGCUGCUGUACAAAUGAAAGCUGGGAGGAAAGAAAAUGAAGCUGGUGGUGGUGCAGAAGCUGAGCAGAUGCAGGGAGGUGAAUCUGCAGUGCCCUUCGCGAAUGAAGAACCUGAAUCCCAGUUGCGUAUGAAAGCCAAGAGAAGGGAUGAGACUCGUGCUUCAACAUCUAGAGAAUUUGAGGCUGUUUUGGGACGACGCAACCGCAAUACAGAAACAAAUGAAAUUGAGGGUCAACCUUCAAAUUUGGAUUCUGAAAGGUCAAGCCGGACAACUUUCUCACCAAAGAAAGUUUCAGGGCUAACUGGGGAGACUAGUUCCCCUGACAAGUCGAAACAAGCUGAACCGUGGCAGAGAAAUCAAUUUCCAAAUGGAAGACGUCAAAAAUUAAUGUGGAGCACUGAAGAGGAAGAAAUGCUUGAGGAAGGUGUUCAUAAAUUCUCAGCGACAGCUAACAAAAAUAUCCCUUGGAGGAAGAUCUUAGACUUUGGUCGUCAUGUGUUUCAUCCAACCCGUAUGCCAACUGAUCUCAAGGACAAAUGGAGAACCUUGUGCUUCAGAUAAAAUUCAGGAAGUCAUUUUGCAAAUAUGCUACUCUUAAAAUGAAAACCAUUUUGGUUUGUCUCCUAUAUUUCUAAAUUAGUUUCCUUGUUACUUAUGAUCCUUUUCUUUAGUCCAACUUUUGUUUAUUAGUUAGACACGGGCCCUGUUUGGUAGAUGGUUGUUAGUUGAUUGUGUUAGAGAGUAUGAAUAGUUAAUAACAUUAGUUUAUUGUAGAAAAGUGAUUGGGUAAA